CUACUGUCGCUUGCUGUACGGAAACGAUCUCCAUGGCAACUGCUAUUCGCUGCAGCAGAGCAUCAUCGUCUGUUCACCUCAGAUGAUCUCUUCGAAACAGUCGUCCUGCUAGCAACUGUUUUCCUUCUGUUUUAUUUUAAUAUUUGCACAGUAGCUUUACUACAUACUUGGCAGCGAGUGAAUGGGAAACAAAGACACAUUUCUGCUUCGCUAGCCCGCUAACGUUAGCUGUGUUGCGGUGGAAUGGAUCAGUACAGUAUUCUGGGCAGGAUCGGGGAAGGGGCUCACGGGAUUGUUUUCAAAGCCAAACACAUCGAGACAGGAGAAACUGUGGCUUUGAAAAAAGUAGCUCUGCGAAGACUUGAAGAUGGAAUCCCAAACCAGGCCCUACGAGAAAUCAAAGCCCUGCAAGAGAUCGAGGACAACCAAUAUGUGGUGAAGCUGAAGGACGUCUUCCCUCACGGCACAGGCUUUGUGCUGGUGUUUGAGUACAUGUUGUCAGAUCUGUCAGAAGUCAUUCGGAAUUCCCAGCGUCCUCUCACCGCAUCCCAGGUCAAAGGUUACAUGAUGAUGCUGCUGAAAGGAGUGGCUUUCUGCCACGAGAACUCCAUCAUGCAUAGGGAUCUGAAGCCUGCGAAUCUUCUGAUCAGCUCGACGGGUCACCUGAAGAUCGCUGACUUCGGUCUGGCCAGGCUCUUUUCCAAUGAAGGAGAUCGUCUGUACAGUCACCAGGUGGCCACCAGAUGGUACAGAGCACCUGAACUAUUGUAUGGUGCCCGGAAAUAUGACGAAGGCGUUGAUCUCUGGGCUGUGGGCUGCAUUUUUGGGGAGCUGUUGAAUAACUCUCCACUUUUCCCUGGAGAGAAUGACAUUGAGCAGCUGUGCUGUGUGUUACGAGUGCUGGGAACUCCCAACCAGAAAGUUUGGCCAGAAAUAACAGAACUACCAGACUACAAUAAGAUUACGUUUAAAGAAAACCCCCCCAUUCCUUUGGAGGAGAUCGUGCCUGACACGUCACCACAAGCCGUGGACCUGCUGAAGAAGUUCCUCGUCUAUCCUUCCAAACAGAGGAUCAGUGCUAGACAGGCUUUGCUCCAUCCGUAUUUCUUUACGGACCCUCUCCCGGCUCAUCAUUCGGAGCUGCCCAUCCCUCAGCGUGGAGGAAAGCACUCCAGACAGCGCAUGCAACCCCCUUACGAAUUCACAGUGGAUCGACCUUUACACGAGAGCUUGGUGGACCCGAGUUCGAUCCAGAGACAUGCGCGGAGUUGUUUGUGACGUGAGCGUGAAAGUCAGUGGGGGCCAAAGUUUUUUGUAUCCCAGUAUUCUUCAGUAUGCUCCACAAAAGAAAGUUAUGCAGGUUUGGAACAACAUGAGGGUGAGUGAAUAACGGCAGAAUUUAUUAGUUAUUAUUAGUUGUUUCUUAUAUUGCAUUUUAUAUGGCUUUAUACUUUAUUUAAAUAUAUAUAUUUAUAUAUUUUUUUAUUUACACUGCCGCUCAAAGGUUUGGGAUCAGUAAGAUUUUUAAUAUUUUUUAAAGACAUUUCUUAUGCUCAUCAAGGCUGUGUUCAUUUGAUCAAAAAACAAGUUGUGAAAUAUUAUUCCGAUGUAAAACAAUGUUUUUCUAUAUUAAUAUACAUUAAAAUUUCAUUUAUAUCUGUAAUUAAAUUUGAAUUUUCAGCAUCAUUACUCUGAAGGACCAUGUGACACUUAAGACUGGACUAACAGCUGAUAAAAAUUAAACUUUGCAUCACAGGAAUAAAUUAUAUUUCAAAGUAUAUUAAAAUAAAAACCAUUAUUUUAUAUUGUAAUAACAUUUUGCAGUAUUAUUGUUUUUUUUUCUGUAUUUUUUUUAUCAAAUAAAUGCAGCCUUGAUGAAUGACCCCAAACUUUUGAGUCGAUAGUAUAUAUUAUUAUAUAUUUUGUAUAUUUCAAUUAUAUAUAUAUAUAUAUAUAUAUAUAUAUAUAUAUGUGUGUAUGUAUAUGUGUGUGUGUGUGUGUGUGUGUGUGUGUACUUGUUUUUGCGACAUUGUGGGGACCAAAUGUCCCCACAAGGAUAGUAAAACCUGAAAUUUCUGACUGCCUGCGGCCUGCGGUCCCCACAAUGUUAAAAAAUUAUUAAAAAUAGUAAAUGAUGUUUAUCUGAAAGUAUAACGAUCCAAACAUGUUUUCUGUGAGGGCUAGGUUUAGGGUUAGGGUUGGGUUAGGGGAUAGACAAUAUCGUUUGGUCAGUAUAAAAACUAUAGAAGUCUAUGGAAAGUCCCCACAGUUCACAAAAACAAACGUGUGUGUGUGUGUAUAUACACACAAACACACAUACACACACACACACACAUAUAUAUAUAUAUAUAUAUAUAUACGUAUAUAAAUAUAUAUAUGUAUAUAUAUAUUUUUUCUUCUUCUUCUUUUUUCUUUUUUUAGAAAUUGAAAUAUAUGUAUUAAAUAUGCGACCCUGGACCACAAAACCAGUCAUAAGGGGCAAAUUUAUACACCAUCUGAAAGCUGAAUAAAUAAGCUUUUUCAGUGAUGUUUGGUUUGUUAGGUUAGAACAGGAUAGGAUAGAAUAUUUGGCUGAGAUACAGCUCUGGAAUCUGAAAUGCAAAAAAAUCAAUAUUGGGAAAAUCACCUUUAAAAUUGUCUUAAAAAGUUCUUAGCAA